GUUUCUUUUAAUUGUAGGUAAGAACAAUUUUUUUUUGACAUCCCAACAGUUUUAAAUUGCCCCGUCGCACCGCAGAUUGUAUACAACUAAACACAAUAUGUAUUAAAGUAGCUGAAUGCCAUGUGCUCCAAACACAGGAUAAAAUGACUAAACUUUUUACAUUAUAUGAGCAUGCCGCUGGCUAUGCCCUUUUUAUGACUGAACAAGAGGAGGGAAUUUUAGAUGAAAUUCGGGACAGGGUUUUAGAAGUUGAAAAAUUCAAAGAAAUAUGUCAUUUUGUAGCAUUUCAACCAUUUAAAAGAGGACGUGAUGCAUUGGAGAAUAUUAACUGCAUUUCAGAAGGUAUACUUCAUUCUCAUCUUGAAGAAUUUCUUGCAAAUAAUUUCCCAAAGAAAAAGAAAAAGAAGCAUGUACUUGGAGUUGAAGAUGCACAAUUAGCUUCUUCAAUUAAAGAGAAACUUGACAUUACCUGUGAUGCUUCAGAUGUUGUGAAUGAAUUAAUCAGAGGUAUCAGAUGUCAUUUCCAUAAUCUUGUACCAGGCUUCAAUGAUUUAAAUGCUGCAACAAAAGUUCAGCUUGGCCUUGGUCAUGCAUAUUCACGUGCUCAAGUUAAGUUCAACGUUGGUAGAGUCGACAACAUGAUCAUCCAGACUAUUACUCUAGUCGAUCAAAUGGACAAGGAUAUAAACACGCUUAGCAUGAGAGUACGUGAAUGGUAUUCUCACCAUUUUCCAGAACUCAUUAAGAUAGUGCCAGAAAACACAUUGUAUAUUCAAUGCAUUAAUGCCAUUAGAGACAGGAAAAAUUUGCCAGAAGACAUCUUUGAGAAGUUAGAAAAUAUACUGAAUGAUCCUGUGAAAGUACAGAAUGUUUUAGAUGUAGCUCGCAGCUCUAUGGGUAUGGACAUCUCUGAUACUGAUUUGGAAAAUAUGUACACUUUUGCCGAAAGAGUUAUUGCACUAACUGAACGUAGAAAACAUUUAAUGGAUUAUUUAAAAUCCAAAAUGCAUUGUGUGGCACCCAAUCUAGCUGCUUUAAUUGGAGAAGUGGUUGGUGCUCGCCUUAUUGCACAAGCUGGUAGUUUGACCAAUCUUGCUAAAGCUCCGGCUUCUACAGUACAGAUUUUAGGAGCUGAGAAGGCACUUUUCAGAGCUUUAAAGACACGUGGAAAUACUCCAAAAUAUGGACUCCUCUUUCAUUCCAAAUUCAUUGGAAAGGCAGCCAAAAGUAACAAGGGACGCAUUUCUAGGUAUUUAGCUAAUAAGUGCUCAGUGGCUACAAGAAUUGAUUGUUUCAGAGAAAUUCCUACUGAAGUAUUUGGAAACAAGCUACGAGCUCAAGUUGAAGAUCGAUUGAAAUUUUAUGAAACUGGUGAGAUACCAAAGAAAAAUAUUGAUGUCAUGGAUGAAGCAUUGGAAGAAGCAGAAGCAUCUGAAGUUGAGAUAUUGAAAAGAAUGAAAAAGGAGAAGAAAAAAGCAAAGAAAAGGAAAUUGGAUGAACUAUACCUCUCUACUGAUCUGGAUGAGUCGAUGGGAGCACUGGCACAAGCUACUGAGGCAAAUGAUGGAGACUCGGUAGUAGUAAAAAAGAAAAAGAAGAAAAAGCAUAAUGAUGCUGAAGAAGAAAUGACAAACGAUAUUUCAGCAAAUGAGUCUCAGGAAGUUUAUGAAAAUUCUGCAGAGCCUCCUAAAAAGAAAAAAAAGAAUAAGCAUAUUGUUGAGGAAAAUAGUAUUUUAGAAAAUGGUGAUGUGCAAGAAACUGAUUCCGCCAAAAAGAAGAAAAAGAAUAAGCACAUGGAACUCUCUUUAUCGUAAGAAGAGUGAAGAAUAUUUACCCAUUUAACAAAUUUGUGUUUAUACGCAAUGUAUGUUAAGUUUUAAAUAAAAAAACUUUCUUUUUUAAAAA